AUGGCGGCGCCGCAGUUCGGAAACCUCAAGGGGGACGCGGGGCUGCAGCAGCUAAACAGCUACUUGGAGUCCAGAUCCUACAUUUCAGGGUUUGCUGCAACACAAGAUGAUGCAGCAGCAGCAGCAAAACUCCUGGGGCCCCCCAGCCCCCUCAAGUACCCCCACGUCUUCCGCUGGUACUCCCACAUAACUUCUUUCAGCAAAAGAGAAGCUGCUGCCUGGCCUGCGGGGCAGCAGCAGCAGCAGCAGCAGCAGCAGCAGCAGCAGCAAGACGACGACGACAUCGACCUCUUCGGCGACGACGACCCUGCUGCUGUGCAGCAGCUGAAGGAGAAGCAGCAGCAGCAGCAGCAGCAGCAAAAGAAGAAGAAGGAAGUUGUCAACAAGUCCUCCCUCCGCCGCCGCUGCUGCUGCUGCUGCUGCUGCUGCUGCUGCUGCUGCAGACGCGGAGAGCGACCUGGACGAAGUGGCGCGUUUGACGAAAGAAAUAGUGCUGGAGGGCCUGACUUGGGGAGAAACAUUUUGGACGAAGUUGUGAACACCAGCGACAUUUUGGAAGCAAUUGAGGCCCUGGGCCUCACGCCGCAGCAGCAGCAGCAGCGCCGGCUGCAGCAGCAGCAGCAGCAGGACGCGGACAGCGACCUCGACGAGGACGAGGACUUCCCCGGACUCGUCCAGUCCGCAGAGAUCGUCUCCUUCAACAAACUCUGA